CCCCUCAUCACCUGUGGGAACCUAGCAGUUCUGUUCUGCCCCCCAGCCUCCUUGAUGAAUUGAGAUAGCUGGAUACCCGUGUGGCCCUUCUAUUAGAUAUCACUUAGAAGUCGGCACAUGAAACUGCUGGGUACUGGGUCCCGUCCAGUCAGUGGUUUCUCUCCAUGCUGGCUUGGGAAUGGGAACCUUCGUGGGCUUGGAAAGGGCUCCCGUUCUCCGCUGACUUUGAGUCAGAAGUGAGAUCCCCGCCCCUUCAGCGGUCUGGCCCCCCCACCCCUGCCCGGGCCGCCCUCCCACGGCAGGCCGCUGUUCCCCGCCCCGUGCCUGGGGCCCUUGCUUCCCCUCGGGCUGUGUGGGGUCAAAGAACGAGGUCAUCCGGGCUUUUCUUGCCUGACCUUUAACCUGAGCCGCGGGGGUUGGGCCCGUCCGUCCGGCACGCGCGGUCAGUCGGUGACGGGAGGGCGCCUGCGACGACCGUUGGGGCCGGGGGGUGCGGUCUCAGCGGCCGCUCGGUGAGGACGCGGCCGUGGGCCUCCGCUCGGGGCCGCCGCGGAGUGCCGGGUGGGUCGGGCCGGAGCCUGAGAGCGGAGGGGCUGCGGGCCCGGGUGAGGGGUGGGUGGCCUGGAGCCGCGGGGCAGGAGGGGAGGAGGGCCGGGGCUCCGGCUCCGUCGCCGGCUGCUCCCUCCCGGAGAACCGCGGGCCGCACCCGUCCCUACGGGGAGAAAAGCGUCUGGAGUAUGGGUUUCCCUGCUCUCCGGCCUGUGGCGUGGGAUCAAACUCAAAUUGUAGCAAAUACCCCAUUCGGGGGAGGUUUACCACCUCACCUGUAAUAUUAUUUUCACAUUGCUCUGGUCAUUUCCAGUGUAUUAUAUAAUAAAGACAUGGUCGCUUCUAGGGGAGAUGUCUGAAAAACUGAGAAGAUGCAGAAAGGAGCUAACUGCAGCCAUUGACCGGGCCUUUGAAGGAGUCAGUCGUUCCCGGGAGUGCUCAGGCCGGCAGAGGCUGGAGCUGGACGCCGUGCCUCUUUCCUUCCCCCUCCCCGUGCACCGGCUCCUCUGCAGGAGGCAUCCGCUGGCAGCCUGCUCCUCUGCGGCUCCCUUUUCUCCUGUCCCGUGUGCUCCUGAGAACGGGAGCCCAGCCUUUGCGCCAAACCACGCCCCCGUGAAUGCAAAGCCACAUGCUCUGUGCCCCAAAAGAAAACCUCUGACCAGCAAGGAAAACAUAUUGAUGCAUUCCUCCAUUUUGGCACCUGAAAGACAGUUUUGGAGAGCAGCAGAAGAUGGGGAGAACUGGCGAAAAGACAGUCUAAGGAAAGAUAUGGAGAAAGAUUUGAAGGUUGAGUCAAACAUGCCACUCAGCAGUUCUAGCCAAGAGGUCACAAAGGAUUUGCUUGACAUGAUUGACCAUACAGGCAUCCGAAGUAUUGAAGAAUUGGCUGGAAAACUAGAAUUUGAAAACGAGUUGAACCGUGUGUGUGGUCGCUGCGAAGAUUCACCCUUCAAAGAGGAAGCCUGGGCCCUGCUGGUGGACGAGAGCCCUCAGAAGGCCUCGGAUGCAGACCCUGGCGGCCUCAAGCAGGCUUUCGAUGACCACAGUAUCGUGGAGACUGUUCUGGACUUGGAAGAGGAUUACAAUUUGAUGACCUCUUUUAAAUACCAAAUUGAGUAAGGACAGUUGACUUCAGCUUUGAUUCUUUACAGCAGGAGACUGAUGUUAGGGCGUCUCUGCAGGGCAGUCACAGCUGUUAUCGGAGGCCACGUUCCUCACAGGCUUGGCAGAAUCUGAAUUACCUCAACCUUUUUGACUUCCAGUUGUGUCCCUUUUUGAGCUGAGAGCCCAGUUUGUUUUUUUAAUUCCGUUGCUUUGAAAUUUUUUUUCUGCACCUUUUUUUUGACAGCUUGUUUUUUUGAUUGAUGUUUAAUAUACUCAGUACCCAAGGCAGGUGGGCCUCUUCUGUGUCUCUUCAUGUUCUUUCCCAUGAACCCCUGAAAAAGUACGGGGGCCACACCCAGCAUGAGAUUUCUGUACCCCCUGGGACCAGCUUGUCCCAGGCCAGCUCAGUCUGCAUGGAGGAACUGGCAUCACGAUGGACCUUGGCCCCACGCCCUUUGCCACAUUCGCAUGCUCUGCCCACAAGGCUGCCUUUGCCCUGCAUGGGCCUCAUACCCUCAUCAUGUCCAGACCCUCAAUCCCCCCAUCCUUGCCCCUCCCCAGCUCAGAGGCCUCUGCAAAGGCCUCCUACUUGUGUCAGAGGGGCUGGCGGCAUCCCUUAUUAGGUUUCCUGGGCUGGAGCCAGCACCCCCUUGAGAGAAAGAACAUUAUCAGAAACUAUUUGGACAGAUCUCUCGAAACCAUGAUGUUCUUUCAGGAAGCCUAAUAAACUGUUGGGCAAGGUAUGAUGCCUCCCAGAAGUUGAGUCUCAGGGAAGUGCCCACCUCCUAGGCAGAAGGGAGGGACAGGGGUGAGGAGGCAGGGGCAGAGCUGUUUGUAAGACCCAAAACUUAAAGCAAGGAGUUUGGGAGGAAGGCCCAGGGGCCGAGGACCUUCCAUCAGGCCAUAUUUUAGGCUAGUGACCCAGCAGAGGGCAGGCUGCAGAGCAGGCAGCACCCCUUUACCACAGGUCUGGAUUCCUCUGGGCUGCCAGGUAGAGAGGAUCUACUCCACAGCUGAGCAGGCUGGGCACUUGUCUGACCCUGAGAACUAGCCUCUGGCCACUUCAUGGGACGGGCCUCUGCUGCCGGGUAGAGGGCAGGAUGAGCUCACCAGAGGCUCCUUCCAAACCACCUGACGCUCACUCCCUGUAGCGGAUAAUAAACAUCAUAGACUAUGGAACUGGGGUUCACUUAUUCCCUGAGCAGGAGGGACAGGAGCAAAUAAGAGGAAACGCUCAUAGCAUCUUGCCUGCCCCACUCGGGGCGGGGCAAAGGGGCCAUCUGGACGGAGAGUUGUCAGGCUACUUGAUAUUCAAAAAACCAGGUCUCGCAACAGUGAGUUCCAAAUAAUAAGCCUUGAUGUGGAUACUCUCCCACAGAGAAGGUGGGGCUGAAUCUUACCUCUUCUUCCCCAACCCCUGCCCGUCACCACCCCUUGAGGUGAGCUGAACUUAGUGACUUGCUUCCAAGGAAUAGAUCUGGGAAAGGGAAAGAUAGUAGAUUGCAUGGAGAAGCCUGGCAGACACCGCUUAACCAAGCGACAAAGGUGAGCACCAUCGCCUGUGCUGUCCUGUGCACGUUACCCACCCCUGACAGGAUGCUAUGAGAAGGGUGCUUCUUGUUUCCAUGGUUAUCCUACCAAAACCUCCCAACCCCAGUCUAAUCGUGAGACAACCAUCAGAUAAACCCAGAUAGAGGGAUAUUCUACAGGAUACCUGGCCAGUACUCAAGACUGUCAAGGUCAUGAUAAACAAGGAAAGACUCCAAAUCUAUCACAGAGCAGCGGACACUGAGGAGACACAGUGACUAAAUGCAGUGCAGUGUCCUGGAUUGCGUCCUGGAACAGAGAGAGGACAUUAAUGGAAAAAUGGAUCAAAUCUAAAUGCAGGCUCAAGUUUAGUUAUUAAUAUGUUUAUGUUUCUUAGUUUUGGUAAAUACAGCACAGUUAUGCAAGAUGUUAACUUUAAGAGGAGCUGGGUAAAGGAUAUGUUUGAACUUAUUAUCUUUGCAACUUUCCUGUAAAUCUGAAUUUAUUCCAAAAUUUAAGAUGUACUUAUUUAUUUUUUUAGCUGCAGUUGAUCCCAAGUUUGUGAAAGGUGUGUGUGAGCACACAUGCAAAACGUUGUUAUGGAG